AUGGGCAAAGGCGAUGGCAAGUGGGGCAAGAAAGGUGAAGUGCCCGGGGCACACGGCGCAUCGGGUGGGCCUGGUGUGCCCAGCGGACCUGGUGCACCUGGUGCCUGGAAAGGUAUUGCCAAAUGGGGUGGCAAGGGCGACAGAAGUGAGAAAGGAAAUUGGAUAUCUCAACCCGAAGAUGGGCCAGAUCUGAAAAGGGCGCGACUAGAUCCCAUGGGCCCCAGCUUCUCUCUGAAAGGUCGGGAGAAGGGCAAGGAUGGCCCAGGCAAGGGCUUGGCGCCUGUCCUGAGCAAGGGAAUGGCCAUGCAGCCUGACAAGCCCGAGUUUGGCUUUGGAGGCAAGGGGGAGGACCCACUCUCGGGUGACAAGGGCAAAGGUGGCAAAGGUGCCUCGGAGCCAAAAGACAUGUUUGUGCUGGCAGCAAUGGUGCACAUGGAAUUGGCAUGA